AAAAGUGAAGUGUGUAUUUUGGUCAUGUGUAAACAAGGCCAUGAGAAGAGCUGAUGUAGCAGCGGCAUUCAUACAGAUACACACAGAUAUACGAGGUCCACCUCACAGCAUCUCUGUCCUCACACAGCUGAAGACUCGCCAGCAGCAGUAAGGAAGCAAGUAGCCCACAUCAUAUCGUCAUGGAAACAGCAUGUGAGUGUUAGCGAGAGGGAAUGAGGAGCGAGAGGGAGGGAGAGGGACAGAGAACAAGUAGGAACUGCAUUAGAAAACAAGCACAGUCUCCAGAGCCAUCUGAAAGCCUCAAAACUAUUGGCACGCUAUCUAAUCUCUUGGACCUUUACACACCGAUUACAUAACUAGUAAAGAAAAUUAUCCCUACCGAUUCUCGCUGCUACUGAAGCUUGUGUUAUUCUCAUGAUACCCCGGAUGUCCAGAACCCGAGGAACUGAUGGAAUCGAUUUGGCUCUGAAAAAAAGCCUUCGACACAAUUGUCCCACCUGAAUGACGGAGUUUGUUCUGGAGGAAGAAUGGAGAACACGGCCUUGUUUUGUCCAUCUCAGACUUGGAAAGGCCCAAAUGUUUCGACGUUUUCAUCUGAAUGGGAUGAUACGCUGAACUCCUACCUUUUGGCACCUGAUGUGAUAAAACCUCCUCCACAGUUCCAAGAUCCAGAGGAACCAUGCCAGGCCACACCCACCAACGUCACUGUCAUCAGAAGGAGGGAUAAAGACACGGUCAGGACAGGCGGCAUGCAGAAAGAGCGCAGGAGCAGACCUGUCAGUGCCAUGGAACACCACAGACGUUCACUAUCACUUUCCACAGCCAUCACCUCCAACCCAGGAGCAACACGGCGCCGGUGCGAAAGCUACGCCCUGUCGUAUCCAAGCAGCAGUUCUGACGACAGUGGCAGUGAUAGCACAUCUGUGAGGAGAGGAGAUCGUCUUCCUGAUGCAGUGCCUCAGCACAAGGCUCGGAGCAUCGUUUUGAGAAAGGCCAAAAGGAAACCGGCUCCACCCGCACGGACGGUUUCGUUGCCCAGACUGACCGAUGCGACGCCUCUAGAGCGUAGAACUCAGAGUCUCUACAUUCCCAAUGAUGCCACGCUCCUUCCAGAUCUUAUUCCAUUAUCUAAAGAGGAAGCCGGUGACUCUGGGAAGACCACACUCUCUCCCAAAGCCCCAGGAGAUGUUCCAAUGAAUCAGGCCAUCUCUGGUCACAGACCACUAAAAGAGCUACGGUCUAGUGAACCAUGCAAGUCUAGCACAUGUUCCUCUGUAGGAAAUCCUCUAAACGAACCUGCAAAAGUCCCAUGCAAUUCUGACUGCAACAACUCACCAUCAUCCUCUCGCUCUUCUCCCUCUCAACCUUCUAUCUCCUCCCCAACCAAACCACCUGGCUCAGCCUCACCCUCCAGCGGCUACUCGAGCCAGUGCGAGACUCCGACUCAGUCAACCGCGAUUACAACCGGAGCCUGCAGAAUGCGUCCCAAACCUUCCAGUGGUGUUCCUGGCCAACAGGUCCGAAACUGCAGAUCAAGAUUAUCCCUGCAGCUACCUGAGACACAAGCAGUUAACCCCAGUCCGGAGGCUUCUGUCAUCCUGCCAAAAGUCAACCGCCGUUACUCGGAUGCCUCGCACCCGAAGCAGAGAUUGAGUAACAGCAUGCUGAUCAUGCCUAUGGUGACUCAGGAAGACCUGAACAAUGUGCGCUUGCGUUCGGUCAGCAGCUCGGACCUAGACACCUCAGCUGUCAUCGAAGAGGAGAAUGAACGGGAUGCCGGCUCUAUUGCUUCGCAGAACAGCCCAAAAAACAAACCUCCUGUAGCACCCAAGCCUCCGCUGUCUAAAUGGCCACCUUGUGCAGCAGCAGUGACUAAUUCUAGCACUGCUUCUGCUGCAGAUCUGAAUUCUGGACAAAGCUGCAUUUAUUCGACGGUUAACAAAGUGAAGCCCAAGGCUGCUCUUCCCUCCUCAUCAAAGGUCAGUAGUGACCAUCAGCAGCAAUCUCAAGUGCAUGUGAAGGAGACUAGUCACUUACACUCCCAGUGUAGAGGCGAUUAUACACGUGCGUUGUCCUUCAAACCUGUUGCCGAAGCCAAACCGAGUGAACCACAGAAGAAGAGAAGAGCUCCGGCUCCUCCACUUUCAAAGAGACCCAAUGCAGCCUUCUCGGUCUGUGAUAAGAUGCCUGCGCUGGAGCAGCAGGUCCAAUCAGCUCUCAGUUCUUCAAAGCCAGAGAUUUCUCAACAAGAAUAUCAUGUCACGGUGUAUGGACUCAUUCCGUCUUACUCACAAGUUGAUGAAAAAGUACCUGAAUAUGAAUUAUAUGAUAAAGAAGAAGGACAAGUGCCGGAAAUCGGCGCUCUUCAUUUGGUGAGUGAAGAGGAUGAGGUUUUUCUUCACAAGCCAUCCUCUCACACCACAGAGGACCUUUUCACCAUCAUUCACAGGUCGAAGAGGAAACUCCUGGGUCGUAAAGACUCUUUGGAUAAGCAAGGUGACUUUGGCACUCACACUCUCGGUGGUGUUUCCAAGUCUUCUUACCAGAACGACAACUUCAUGGCUCUUCUGAGAAGGACGAGAAGCGCCAAGGCCAGCUGUGGGAGUCGAAUCUCAGCUGCAGAACUUCUGAGGAGCUCAAAACCGGCAGCCUCCGGCUCCGCAGAUCUGACCAGCUACAAAAAACACAAUAUGAUGCAAUCUCAUGGUCCUUGAACUGUCGUUGUCAUGAUGCUGUUUUGGCUGAAUAUCACAUCAGUUUUGCUUGCUUAAGCUUGUGAACAAUCCGCUUGGAAAAAAAAAUCACUGCUGAUUGAAAUUUUAAGAAGUUUGACAGUUUCGAUAUUGUUUAAUCUGUAAAACUAAAAAACCUUCUUUGGUAACUAACGAUUAAGAUGUGUACAAUGAGUAAAAGAUUUAUAUUCUGCAAAUUGCAUAUGUUAACAUAAGAGCUGGCUUUAUAUUGUCUACAUGUUAGUUCUACUUUAUGUUAUAUUAUAAAAAUGUAUUUGUCUCUACUGCCUCGAGUGGAAUGUUGUGGAACAGCACAGUAAUGCUGUAUAUUAUUGACUGUUUUCAGAACAUAACAUACUGUAGAUCUAUUCAAAGUAUUAAAUUUCAGUUAAUAUGGGACAA